CGGCUCCUGUUUCUGGUGAUGUGGCUGAACCUUGUGCCUCAAACUGUCAGCUGCCCUGCCAAGUGUGUCUGCUACAGUGAGCCCAAGCCCACCACGGCCUGCCAACAACAAGGACUGUUUGCCAUCCCGACUGAGAUCCCAGUGCGGAGCCAGCGGAUAUUCCUUCAGAGCAACAAGCUAACGGUGGUGAGGUCCACCAGCUUCAGUUCCUGCCACAAUCUCACUGUUCUCUGGCUGUACUCCAACAACAUCAGCUAUAUUGAGGCUGGAGCCUUUUAUGGUUUGGAAAGGCUGGAGGAGCUGGACAUUGGCGACAACAGUAACCUCCGUACCAUCAGCCCUACAGCCUUCCGGGGCCUAACUAAGCUGCACACCCUUCACCUGCACAGGUGUGGCCUGUCAGAGCUCCCUGUUGGGGUUUUCCGAGGAAUGUUUUCCCUACAGUACCUUUACCUGCAGGACAAUUUCAUUCUAUCCCUGCAUGACGACACCUUUUUGGACCUUGCCAACCUCACUUAUCUCUAUCUGCACAAUAACAAGAUCAAGAUAGUAACAGACAACAUGUUUCGAGGCUUAAUCAAUCUGGAUCGGCUGCUGCUACACCAGAACAGGGUUAUCUAUGUCCAACCAAGGGUUUUUACUGAUCUUGGUAAACUGAAAUCCCUGUUCUUGUUCUUCAACAAUCUCACCGUCUUGACGGGAGAGACCAUGGAUCCGCUGGUGUCUCUCCAAUAUUUGCGUUUAAAUGGAAACCAGUGGAUCUGUGACUGCCGAGCAAGGACGCUUUGGGACUGGUUCAAACGUUUCAAAGGAUCCAGCUCCGAGUUGGAGUGCAAUGUUCCUGAGUUGCUUGCAGGAAAGGAUCUGAAACGACUGAAAAGUGAAGACCUGGAGGGGUGUGUGGAAACACCUCAAAUCCAGACCAAUCUUUUCAGCUCCAAGGGACAGUCAGGGAAAUUCUCUUCCACCGAAAAUCCUCUCGGGGAGACCAUUCCCAGGUGUUGCCUUGGAGAUAAUGACAAGUCCUCUAUCCUGUCUGGCAAGAGCCGCCAAAUUACCAACAACCCCCUGAAGGAAAAGGAAAACAUUUCAAAGACUAAAUAUAAGGAGCAAGAGAGAACGAAAAACGAGACCCAGAACAAGCAAAAUGAUGGACCACUGGGAACCUUGUCCAACACCCUGGACAAGUCUUUGGAAACUCUAAACCCUGAUCUUAUAGACACUCUGGAAUCAUCUACAGCAUCAAACAAAAAGAAAAAGAAGUGUUCCAAAAAGCCCAAAUCAGAUGCCCACUGCAUUAAAGGCCGGGCUUCUACUGUGCAAGUGCUGCGCUUUCUCUUCAUUCCUACGAUCUGGAUAUCUCUAGCCAUGUCUUAGGACUCCUGAUCUCACUCCGAAACACAGGACUAAAGAUUGUUGAUGCUCAUGACAAUGAUAACAGAAGAUGCAGUGACAUCUUCAUCAGACAGUGACUGAAAAGCGAGUUUUCACGUUGACCAAACGUGUGCGAGGACAAACAAUGAUGAUGAAGACAUUAGAGUACAUUUAACAAAAUGGAUGCCUUUACAGAACUCUACAGAUCUAAUGUAUAUAUUGAAUCGGUGCCCAAAAUUGUUCGUUCUCUAUGUACUUAAAUGUACUGUGUCCAAGCUACACUUCUGAGACUUCUCCCUUUUUCCCUCUCAAAAGCUUUUACUGCUUAGACUAACCACCAGAAGACGGGAAAAAAAUGAAGACAAAAACGAAAAAAUAAAUACUGGAAAUAAGAGACGGAGUGCACACAAAGAAUGUUGGGUCGGUUUAAUGAAAAUAAACAAUCUCCCCCCAUUAUUUAUUCAAAGUGAUGCAUUUGUUGGGUAAUGUUAUGUUUUUUUUAUGUUUAUAAAAACAAAUGUUUUACCUCCCCUGAUUUUAGUUCUAUUUUCAUUAAAGAAAGGGUUUAUGGGUAUCAUUUACCAAAAGAAUGCUGUCAGUUUGUAUGGAGAUUGCAAUGGAACCAUAGAUAUGCAUUUUAUUUUACUUGUGUACAAGUAUGAAUAUAUUAUGAAUAAAAGUUCUUAUUUCGUA